AUGGAUGCGUUUGACAGCCGUUAAAAACGAAGCGCAUUCAAAGUGUUUUUGUACACAGAAAUGGCCGAAACAAGCAAAGUUAGCUCAAAACAGCAAUUUAUUGAUGCGUACGCCGCAUUGGUACAGGGAAUAAGCGCUGAACGGUUCGAUGAGUUCAAACAGUUUUUCGCCAACGAAAAUGACUACAACCUGGCGGUACAGGAAUUCCGUAACGGAUUUCAGGUGGCGCUUCUAGCGAAAGUAAACCGGCUGUGGGAGGAAACGGACAUUGAUAGCAAUGUGGAGCUGUUGGAAAAGUUAAAGCAAAAGGCGCAAGGAAAGACGACCAAAAUGUGGCGCCCGACCGGGAAACCGGUCAGCGAGCAAAUACGGCCGCUGGUGGUAAACAAACUGAAGACAUCGCUCAAGUUUUACCAAUAUCAGUUGGAAUUUCAAAAGGAAAGAACUGAGGAACUCAUUUACACGAUCGAGACAAUGAGAACAAAAUACCAAGCAAUGCAGACGCAACGGAACCACCUACUGCAGCAGAUUACCAACGAGCAGAAGACUUUCGACUCUAUCCGCUCCCAUCAGAAAGAGCUCGACCAGCUGGUGAACGUAGAUCUGUUUAAUGGUGUCCGGAAGACGGAUACAGGUUGAAUAAAAACGCUUCAGGUAGGAUAAAUUUGUAACAAGUUUAUUAUUUAAAAGAAAACACAAUUAAACUAAAAGUACACAUUAGGGCGGUUUUUGUUUUUAGAGGUAAACAUACAACAUUUAGUUAUAACGUUCGGUUUUUUGAUAGCGCUUUGUCGGUGACUCCGGGAGGUUAAAGGAUCGUUACGAGGAGAAUUGUGACCUUAGGUCGAUAUGUACAGUGCAAGACUCUUUCAGCGUUAAGAAUAAAGCGGACUCUAGCAUCCUAGCAUUAAA